CGCUAAUUGUACACGCGGCGAACAGUCGGUGCGUGCCCUCUUUUAAACGACGAUAUGUAGCGCGGCGUCACGAAAAAUCGCGUGGUUCUCGUGCACUGGUGUCGGCCAAGAUCAUUGUCACGAUCGAGAUCGAGACACGUGCUUACCCUCGUUAGCACGGAUCGUUGCGAUUCGCGGCAUAGCUUUCCCUUAUUUUCUCCCUUUUAACUCGAAGCACAUCUUCGAGUUCGACUACGCUCGAUCCGAGUGAACAGAACCGGAAUUAUUUUUUCGCGCGAGUUUCGGUGACGCCUUGAUUUGUGACUGGACCAACUUUCGUCCGAAGAGAUCGAGAAAAUGACUGUAAUGGUGGAGUCAGUGAAAGCGGAGGAGGGCGAACGUCCGAGGAUCAGCAAUUUCGACGACAUCCUGCCGUACGUCGGAGAGGCCAGUCGUUACCAAUGGUUCCUCUUCGUUUUGCUUCUACCCUUCACCUUCGUCUACGCGUUCCUCUACUUCACACAGUUCUUCAUCACCUUGGUGCCGGCUGAGCACUGGUGUACAGUACCAGAACUCGAAGGAUGGAACCUAACCGACCACGAGAAAAUCUCUCUGUCGAUUCCUCCAGCAAGCAUCGAGGAAUUAAAGGUGGAAGGUGCAACUGCAUUUUCACGAUGCAACAUGUACGACGUGAAUUACGAAGAGAUGCUGGACCAAGGUAUUAGAAAAGGAAAUAUAUCUUGGCCUGUUAAACCGUGUAAAUAUGGGUGGAGCUUUAAUCACACGAUGAUACCUUACAAGUCCAUAGCCGUCGAGUUGGAAUGGGUCUGCGACCAUGCUUUCCUAGGUUCAGCAGCGCAGUCAGCCUUCUUCGUCGGCAGUAUCCUCGGCGGUUUAAUAUUCGGUUACAUAGCUGACCAUUAUGGCAGGAUUCCAGCUCUGGUCGCUUGCAACUCGGUUGGCUUCAUCGCGUCCGUCGGCACCGCGUUUUGCAACAGUUUCUGGAGCUUCUGCCUCGCGAGAUUAGUCGUCGGCACUUCGUUCGACAAUUGCUUUAAUGUCCUUUUCAUUAUCGUGAUAGAAUAUGUCGGUCCGAAAUACCGAACACUGGUGGCGAACAUGUCCUUCGGGCUUUAUUUCGCUGCAGCCGCCAGUCUUUUGCCAUGGAUCGCAUAUUGGAUCGCGGAUUGGAGAAUUUUGAGUAUGGCCACCGCGUGUCCCAUGGUGGUCGCUUUUAUAGGACCAUGGAUCGUUCCUGAAAGCGCACGUUGGUACAUCACCAGCGGCAAAGUCGACAAAGCGAUCGACAUGUUGAAGAAAUUCGCCAAAGUAAACGGCAAGGAAGUGAAACAGGAGAUAUUCGACGAGUUCGAGAAGAGCUGUAAAUCGAUGAUCGAGAAAGAUCAAUCGCAUAAUCAGUACACCGUGCUGCAUCUAUUCAAAAAGCCACGACUCGCGCGUAUCACCAUCAUGCUCAUCCUCUACUGGCUUCUGAUGGUGUGGGUGUUCGACGGCCACGUUUGGAACAUGAAACUUCUGGAUCCCGACGUUUUUACAUCCUUCUCCUUGGCCUCGCUCACCGAACUUCCGGCCGCGGUUCUACUUGCACUCUUCCUGGACAGAUGGGGCAGACGAUGGAUGGGUUUCGCGUCCAUGUUCCUCUGCGGAAUUUUCUCCUGGAUUGCCCUGGCCACUCCUAAUGGUCCACCUACGGUAGCUAUGGCGAUCGUAGCACGUCUCGGCGUGAAUAUCGCGGCGAAUAUCGGUUUCCAAUACGCGGCCGAAAUGCUUCCCACCGUGGUGAGAGCCCAGGGUGUCUCUUUGAUCCACAUCAUCGGUUACGUGGCUCAUAUCUUGGGACCCUACAUCAUUUACUUGGCUGAUAUUGAUGCCUCUCUGCCUCUUGUCGCCCUCGGUUUGCUGUCCUUUGUGCACGCCUUCUUGACCUUAGGUUUGCCAGAAACCUUGAAUCAAGAUUUGCCAGAGACCCUUCAGGAAGGUAACGACUUUGGUAGAGAGCAAAGUUGCUGGUGGGUCCCUUGCAUAUCCUCGAGUCACCAGCUAAAGAAGAAAUACAGAAAGAAACAAGGCCUCUCGAAUCCCGCGUUCGCUGGUAGUGUUCAAAAGAUCGACUGCACUAGAUUAUAGCGACUGCUGUUCAAACUUGCCAAAUCCUUUGUAAAUAUAGUCGUUAAAUGUGUGUGCGUGUGUGACGAUGUUGCGGGAACGUGUAUGAGAGAUGCAGGAGGAUGUCGUGAGACGAUACAAGAAGCAUUCCAUAGGUAUACUGUUUAAUAAUUAUCAAAUAAUUAAUUAAUCUUCGCGUUUCAAGCGUUGGUACAAUUUAGCGCAGUAUUUCAAAGUGAAUGACAGUAUUCGUAGAGCCUUUGUUGAAACGUUCAAUGAAGCAGAGUGGUAGAUUUUUGCAGAGACAAAAAUAUAUUUGUUUUUUAAAGAGAACCUUCAGACGAUCCUAUAUUAUUUGUUAGGAUUAUUGUUAGGACUUGUGAGCUGUUGAUUUGAAAUCUGAAUAAGGUGUAAAUAGAACGUUUCAACUUGUUUCGUUUACUGUGAACGGACGAUGUUCGUUUGUGUAUCUAUAGGUGAUUUGUCAAUAUGAAAGUUUCGAUCGACUUUUGAACCCGAGACGCGUUCAAAGUUCUUGAGAAAAGAAAAAAUUUGUUUCUAGUAAAUUAUCAGUGAUUACUUUUAAGUAUUAUAAUUGUGAUUGAUAAAUUACCUCAGAGAUUUAGAUUCUUCAAAGUGUCAUCCCGUUCAUUUUCCUAUUGUAACUGUCUAGUAUUAAAAGACAACGAUUAAUUUUGUGGGAAGAUACUCCGGUUUAAAAGUUACCACGCAAACGAUCGAACGUUCGAUUUUGACGCCAAUUAGCGAUAACAAAUUCUUAAAUCCGCGGACAGCCACGGAUUUAUCGUUACUCUCGUUCCUUACGAUCCUCCAAUCUGUUCAUCCUGAAUGCUCAAUUACGUUCAAAUGAUGAUCAUUUCGGGCCAAGUAGAAUAGAAAAAUUCGCGUACUUAUGAAAUUAGACAAUCGCAAUCGACCUAUCUUCAAGAAAUUCCAACCAUUUCAUUCACCAUAUUCCAGGACCCGUGAAAAUUUAAUAUUUGCAGCAGAGAUCCUAGAACUGCUGGUAUUAAUUUUUCUGCCUUUCCACCCAGAUUCCGAUUGAGAGUGUUCUCUUUCGUAUAAUUAAAAUUACAAUUUCCACCUGUUACUGGGAACCUUCCUUGAAACACGUUAAACGAGUAUUUCUCAGAAUAUUCAUACUCGAAGUGUACAGUACAAGACAGAAAUGUGAUCAUCAAGCGUUAGUUUAAUUCUACAAACAUUUAAUGAUUUAGUUGAUCGUUUGGAGGAUACAUUCAUGUCUGUGAGAGCAAAAUAACGAGCUGUUCAUUUAGUCUCCAGUUUCUCAACCAAAGGGUCCCAAGUUGUCUCAAAAGUUAUUUAACAUAAAAUUGAAGAGCAACAAUAGAAUAAUUCAACCUGAAAUACUUGAUAAAAAGAAACUUUAAAGAAUGCAAAAAAUAUUUGUCAAAGAACUUUUGGAACAACCUGAAGGGGGAUCGUGGGUCCAAACAAAGGUUGAGAAACGCUGGUCUUAGUCUCAUAAGAUGUGUAAAACGUGUGCGAAACGAGAAUAAAAGUAAGACAAGUAUUUUUCA